GCUAGGCAGUGCGGGUCGGAGAGGGCCGACUGCGAAGGAGAUGCGGCCCUGCAGGUGCCCCGCAGGAUGAAGGCCCUGGGCUCCUGGCAGCUGGUCCUCUUCCUCUGCGCCACGGUAGAAAAGAUGGCGGAGACAUGGGAGGCUCCGAGGUCCCCAGGUCUUCUGCUGGGACCGCAGGCCCUGUGGGCCGCCCGGGAGCGGAGCCUGCGCGGCGCCGAGCGGAAGCCGGGUCCGGCGCGCCGCCCGGGACCCUGGCAGUGCCCGCCGCUGGUCAGCGCUGCGGGGGCCCGGCCAGCCGGCCCGUGCGUGCCCCGCAGCCGGCUGAUCCCCGCCCCGCGCGGCGCGCCGCUCGUGCAGCGCGAGAAGGAGCUCGUGCCCUACAACUGGAACUCCUUCGGCCUGCGCUACGGCCGGCGCGCCGCGCGCUGAGCCCUCGG